GAAGUGGAUUCCCGAGUGUCUCUGAGGAUUCUUCAUCUUCUCAACACUUCCAUUCGUUGUGUGAAAGGACUGCUGGGUCCCCAUCGAAAACUUGGAGGGAAUGGAGCAAUCCUACAGAUCGACCAUCUCUAUCUAUAAGAGUAUUCUAGAGCAGUUCAACCCAACUCUGGAGAAUCUGAUAUAUCUUGGUAACAAGUAUGUGCGAGCUUUUCGUGCAUUAUCAGAGGCUGCAGAAGUCUAUUUCUCGGCAAUCCAAAAGAUUGGGGAACAAGCCCUACAGAGCUCCACCUCACAAAUACUGGGUGAAAUAUUGAUACAGAUGUCUGACACCCAAAUGCACUUGAACCGCAACCUGGAAGUAGUAGCACAAACCUUUCACGUGGACCUACUGCAGCAUAUGGAGAAAAACACCAAGCUGGACAUGAACUUCAUCAAUGACAGUCGGCAACGAUAUGAGAAGGAAUACCGGCGCAGAGCUGCCAACAUAGAUAAAUGCAUGUCGGAUCUCUGGAGAAUGGAGAGAACUCGAGACAAGAAUGCCCGGGAGAUGAAGGAGAACAUGAUGCACCUGCACACAGAGAUGGAAGCUUUUGUCAACGAGAGUCAACAGUCUGCUGAAUUGGAGGAGAAACGGCGUUAUCGUUUUCUAGCAGAGAAGCACCAGCUGCUCUCCAAUACUUUCCUACAGUUCUACACCAGGGCCCGGGUCAUCCUUCAAAGCAAGGUACCACUGUGGAAGGAGCAGCUGGAGGCCACCCGCAAUCCUACCCAGAACUUGCUUUCCACAGCCCACAGCCCGGGUCACCCAAGUGGCCGCUUGACUCCCACUCACAUGGAGAUGCCUCCAAGGCCCCUGAGUGAUUUCAGUUCUGUAACAGCAGGACGAAGUCUCAGCCCUUUUCCUCAGGAGACCAUAGAAGCGUUGACUUCCCCUCAACCAGAACCAAGAAGGAGACCUAUCUCAAGAACUCCAUCUGCUGGUUCCCUCUCCACUGGUCAACGUUCCCGUUCUAGUUCCUUGGGAGAGAAGACAACAGGAAGAGGAGAAGUGGGAACUAAAGAAGGGAGCAGGAGCACUGGGCAGAGAGUCCAAGCAAUAGCAGCUCAUGUCUCUGGCUCCAACCAGACCCUUUUGCAAUUCAGCGUUGGGGACAUUGUCACCGUGCUGAUACCGGAUGCACAAAAUGGUUGGUUGUAUGGGAAGCUGGAAGGUACAUCCAUGAGUGGCUGGUUUCCAGAGGCUUUUGUGAAAACACUGGAGGAAACAAGAGACCCCGAGGAGAUAGCAACAAGAGCCUUCCCUCUGCGGAGCACUCACAGCAAUGAGGACCUCCUGGAUCGACCUAGCGCCCCUCCUGACCACUGGCACAACCACAGCCGGCCCCAGUCUCCAAGCCCUUCUCUUCCAUUGAUGGCAGGCAGCCGACGGAGCAGCACGAGUAAUGCAUCAAGCACCACAGACCCCAAGAAGCCGGCAGGAUGGGAGCAUCCUCCGGAGCUGUUCCCCAAAGGCACCAACCCUUUUGCCACGGUCAAACUGCGCCCAACUGUGACCAAUGAUCGAUCAGCGCCCAUCGUCAAGUGAAAGCUGGCUAUGGAUUUGGGUCAUUGGUGGCAGUCAAAGAUGUACAGGACGCUUCUUCGUCUUGAACAUGGGUCAACACCAUGUGCAGAAUGGAUUCUCUUAAGUGAAAAUGGGGCAGACUUUGAGCCUGACAUAUUGUACCUGCUUUGAUCUGGGACUUUGGUUCUUUUUGCUACAUUCUUUUUGAACAGGGUUGGGA